AUGAGGAAAAAAUGUUUAUCAAAAUCCCUCGGGCUUAUUGAAGGCUAUGGUGGUCGGGGAAAAGGGGGACUUCCAGCAACACUUUCUCCUGAUGAAGAAGAGAAAGCCAAAGGACCACAUGAAAAGUAUGGCUACAAUUCCUACCUCAGUGAGAAGAUUUCACUGGAUCGGUCAAUUCCAGACUAUAGACCAACUAAAUGCAAGAAACUGAAAUAUCCGAAGGAACUUCCUCAGAUUUCAAUCAUUUUCAUCUUUGUCAAUGAAGCGUUGUCUGUGAUUCUACGCUCAGUACACAGUGCUGUUAAUCACACACCUGUCCACCUUCUGAAGGAAAUUAUCUUAGUGGAUGACAAUAGCGAUGAAGAGGAGCUAAAGGGGCCUUUGGAAGAAUAUGUCCACAAAAGAUACCCUGGAUUAGUUAAAGUUGUCCGUAACCAUAAAAGAGAAGGUUUAAUUCGAGCUCGAAUAGAAGGUUGGAAAGUGGCCACUGGGCAGAUAACUGGAUUUUUUGAUGCACAUGUAGAAUUUACUGCUGGCUGGGCUGAACCAGUUCUUUCUCGGAUUCAAGAGAAUCGCAAACGGGUAAUUUUGCCUUCAAUUGAUAAUAUAAAGCAGGACACUUUUGAAGUUCAGCGAUAUGAAAACUCAGCGCAUGGAUAUAGUUGGGAGCUUUGGUGCAUGUACAUCAGCCCGCCAAAAGACUGGUGGGACGCUGGAGAUCCGUCCCUACCAAUAAGAACUCCUGCAAUGAUCGGCUGCUCUUUUGUGGUGAAUAGACAAUUCUUUGGGGACAUUGGUCUGCUUGAUCCGGGGAUGGAUGUGUAUGGUGGGGAGAACAUUGAGCUUGGUAUUAAGGUUUGGUUGUGUGGCGGAAGCAUGGAAGUCCUACCCUGUUCAAGGGUUGCUCAUAUAGAGCGCAAAAGAAAACCAUACAAUAACAACAUUGAUUUCUAUACCAAAAGAAAUGCUUUACGAGUUGCAGAGGUUUGGAUGGAUGAUUACAAAUCUCAUGUGUAUAUUGCGUGGAAUUUACCAUUAGAGAAUCCAGGAAUAGAUAUCGGUGAUGUAUCAGAGCGAAUCUCAUUAAGGAAAAGUCUGAAGUGUAAGAACUUUCAAUGGUAUUUGGAUAAUGUGUAUCCAGAGAUGAGGAGAUAUAAUAACACCAUUGCUUAUGGAGAGCUCCGGAACAACAAAGCAAAAGAUGUUUGUCUGGAUCAAGGGCCGCAGGAGAAUCACACAGCUAUAAUGUAUCCAUGUCAUGGAUGGGGCCCGCAGCUUGCAAGAUAUACAAAGGAAGGAUAUCUUCAACUGGGGACACUAGGGAGCACCAUUCUGUUGCCUGAUACCCGAUGUUUAGUAGACAACAAGAAAAGCAAGUUCCCUCAACUUAUGGACUGUGAUAAAGUGAAAAGCACACUCCAUAAACGUUGGAGUUUUAUACAGGGUGGAGCAAUAAUGAAUAAAGGAACUGGACGUUGCCUAGAGGUUGAAAAUAGGGGAAAUGCUGGUGUUGAUUUGAUCCUACGGAGCUGUACAGGUCAAAAGUGGACAAUUAAAAACUUUAUCAAAUAGAGUUUUCAGUGACUUUCAGUUUGUUAUGCUCUGGUGAAAAAGGGACAUGGGUUUUACAGGAUUAAUCAGAUAUUCCUAAAAAAAGUUUCACCUUGUCGUCACAGGUCUAAAUGCUUUUUAUACAUUGGAACGGGUGAGAACAUUUUUUCUUGCAGUAUUAAUUGAAUCCAUGAUGUUUGUUCUAAAGAUUUUUAAAUGGACCGCUCCAGUUUAAUUCAUUUUGCAUGUCUGGUGGUACAGUAUAUUCAAUUAUUUAAAAUGCUUUCAAGCUUUCGGAAUAAAAAAAAUAAAUACAACUAAUCCCUAAAGAAUAAUAGCACAAGUGAAAGCAAAUGUCUCUGUUUCAGUUUGCUAUUUUUGCUAAAAUUAAAUGCAUAACUAUCACAGAUUUGUUAUUCAUGUGUAUUUUAUAAAAAAUUACAACCACAAAUUGAAUCAUAAUUAGCUGUA